GAACUCUUUGGUCAUGCCGAACUGAUACUCUUUCUUGGGCUUUGUGCUGGCUUGUUUAGUACGUACUCCAUCAGAGAGCAGCUGAGUGCGGUUCUGUAUCGGGAUAAGCUGGAGAGGGCUUUCAAUUCGAUAGGGUAUGCUAGGUUUAGGAAUCUGGCGAAGAUGUCGAGACCGAAGAAGGGGAAAUUGAGGGAUGGUGGUGAGAAGAGGGUGGUGAAGGGUGUUAGGAGGGGCGGCGCGGCGUUGGUUGAGGUUGUUGAGUUGAGUGAUGGUGAAGACUUGAGGGGUUUGCUGGGGGAGGAUGCUCCGCGGCAGCAGAAGUGGCGGGGCCAGACGAGGCUGCUGCUUUUGGAUGAGCGGCAUUCUGAUAAAAGCAUUGAGGAAUUGCCUCAGGCAAUCAAGGUUGUUUUUGAGGAGUAUGAUAGGCAGCACGCAAGAUCAGCUUUUGAACUUGUGAAAUGCAAACUGACUCUGUUUUAUGAUUAUUGGCAACUGAACGAGAUUCUGGAGGCUUUGCUUCCGAAAGGAAUGAUCAUUCCUUCAUCUUUUGAAACAGUUGGACACAUUGCGCACCUGAAUCUUAAAGAUGAGCAUCUUCAUUAUAAACACCUCAUUGCUAAGGCGGUAUUGGAUAAAAAUAAGCCAAAGAUACAAACAGUCGUAAACAAAGUCGAUUCAAUUCAAAAUGACUACAGAACAAUGCAGCUUGAAGUUUUGGCAGGAAACAAUUCUCUUGUGACGACAUUAGUGGAGAAUGGAAUCCGAUUUCAUGUUGAUUUAGCAGCAGUAUAUUGGAACUCGAGGCUUGCAACUGAAAGGCAGCGGCUGCUAAGUUGCUUCACCAAGAGCGAUGUUGUGUGUGAUGUUUUUGCUGGGGUUGGUCCCAUUGCCAUCUCUGCUGCAAAGAAGGUCAAAUAUGUGUAUGCUAAUGAUCUCAACCCUUGUGCUGUUGACUAUCUUGAGAAGAACUGUGUCCUCAAUAAACUUGAAAGGAAAAUUCAGGUAUUUAACAUGGACGGGAGGAGAUUUAUUGAAACUGUUUUUGCUUGCCAGAAAGCUCAACCCAUUACUCAAGUCGUCAUGAAUUUGCCACAGGAUGCAGCUGAAUUUCUUGAUUCCUUCAAGGGACUUUUCCAUGGACUCAACCUUGGUAAAGGCUGUACUUUGCCAAGAAUUCACGUUUACGGUUUCUCAAAAGCUCAAGAUCCCGAAUUCGAUUUUCACGAGAGAAUUAGAAUUGCACUGUCAGAGGUGGCUUUCGAUGUACAGAUGCACAGGGUCCGCCUCGUCGCCCCCGGAAAAUGGAUGCUGCGUGCCUCGUUUGUCGUGCCGGGAAGAGUGGUAUACUGCAGAAGAGGUUAGAAAUCAUGAAGAAGACUGAAUUAUUUUUGUUUUGCGAGUUUUUGUAGAGGUGAGAAAGUAGGUUGGUUGAGGACCACAUACACAUGGUACAGUGGGUUUUUAUUGGGUUUUGUUAAUUUACUGUCUGUGUCAAGGUACAAGCACAACUAACAGGAGACAGGCAGAGCAAACUUAGUUUGUUUUGCAUGAAAAAAGGGGUGUUGAAGAGAUGUACUUUUUGAGUUGAUUUACAGUACAAGCACACAUUUGAUAUUGUGAUGUGUAUACAUAUGGCCCAGAUUUAAGCCUUAAAUCUUUCUUUCAA